CCCUAUCUUGCACGCCUAGUCAUUCCCUCUACUUUCCUCCUUUGAUUUUGGCAUCCACUGUAGCAUCAUCAUGGCCGUGAAUGUGCUUCGUGUUCUGAGCUGUCUGCUUCUGUUGUUCCAAGUUGCACAGACAGCAAUCAUUCCCAUUCGCCAGUAUAACUCCGCAGACCAUGAUGAUUCCACCAACCCUGAUACCGACCCUCAUACUGGCGAGCCUAGCCUUACACUAAUGGCACCUUCAGUCUCGGCGACGCCCACUACAUCCCUGCAUUCAGGAGGUGAUUCCAUUGGAAAUACAGAAAUUAUCAUUCCUUACUAUGUCUACCCAGCGGAAGGGGCCUGGACGCCUCUGGAGCAACUUGUCGCUAACAACCCCAAUGUGAAAUUCACUAUCAUCGUCAACCCUAGCAGCGGUCCUGGCGGGGAUACACUGCCAGAUGCCAACUGGCGCAAGGUAAUCCCCAAGCUGACGGCACACUCCAACGUGGCCGUCAUCGGUUACGUCUCGACAUGUUACGGAGGCCGACCCAUAUCCGCUGUUCAGCACGAUAUUACCACCUACGCCAACUGGCCGAGUGUAAGCGGCGAUGCCUCCUUCGCAGUUCACGGCAUCUUCCUUGACGAAGCAGCCGCAGAGCCUGAUGACAAGAAAGUGGCAUUCUACAAGCAAAUCACCUCUCUAAUCAAGGAGAACAAGGGCUUCGGCCCACAAAACAACGUGGUCAUGAACCCCGGAACAAUCCCCGACAACGCCUACCUCGACAUCCCCGACUCGACGGUCAUUUUCGAGUCCCCGCACAGCAAGUUCCAAGAGGCACUUGCAGGACAUGAAUUCGACCGCGUCAAGAACAUGGACAAGGCUCGUCUAUCAUCCAUUGUCACCUCCGUCCCCACGGGAACCGAUCUGGCGGGACUAGUCGCGCAACUCCGUGAAAUUACUGGCCAUAUAUACCUCAGCAACUCGGCUAGUUACCUUGAGUAUUCUCAGGCUUUGGAAGAGGCGGUGCACAUUAUUGGUUCCACCUGAAUGUGGGCAUCUCUGUACCGAACUUGGAAUUUAUCUGGUCUUCUUGAUGGAUGUUCUUGUUUUCUUGACGGAUAUGUGACUCUGUGCG